AUGGAGCAGCUCUCAGAUGAAGAAAUUGACCAUGGUGCUGAAGAAGACAGUGAUAAGGAAGAUCAGGACCUGGACAAAAUGUUUGGAGCCUGGCUGGGGGAGCUAGACAAACUCACUCAGAGCUUAGAUUCUGACAAGCCCAUGGAACCAGUAAAAAGAUCUCCUCUUCGUCAGGAAACAAACAUGGCCAAUUUUUCUUAUCGCUUCUCCAUAUACAACUUGAAUGAAGCUCUGAAUCAGGGAGAAACUGUGGAUCUGGAUGCCCUGAUGGCCGAUCUUUGCUCAAUAGAGCAGGAGCUCAGCAGUAUUGGUGCAGGAAAUAGCAAGCGUCAAACCACAGAAACAAAAGCUACUCAGAAAUUACCUGCUAGCCGACAUACAUCCAAACAUGGCACUUUGAAAGGAUUGUCUUCUUCAUCUAACAGAAUAACUAAAGCAGCACAUGCCAACUACUCCCUGGACGACAUCACUGCACAGUUAGAGCAGGCUUCUUUGAGCAUGGAUGAGGCUGCUCAGCAGUCUGUACCAGAAGACACUAAGCCCUUAGUAACUAAUCAGCACAGAAGAACAGCGUCAGCAGGCACAGUGAGCGACGCGGAAGUGCAUUCUAUUAGUAACUCCUCUCGUUCUAGCAUCACCUCCGCAACAUCCAGCAUGGACUCGUUGGAUAUUGAUAAAGUAACACGCCCUCAAGAGCUGGAUUUGACACAUCAGGGGCAGCCAAUUACUGAGGAAGAACAGGCAGCAAAAUUGAAAGCUGAGAAGAUCAGAGUUGCCCUGGAGAAAAUUAAAGAGGCUCAAGUGAAAAAGUUGGUGAUCAGAGUUCAUAUGUCUGACGACAGUUCUAAAACAAUGAUGGUGGAUGAGAGACAGACGGUGAGACAAGUGCUAGACAACCUAAUGGACAAGUCACACUGCGGUUAUAGUUUAGACUGGUCACUUGUAGAAACCAUCUCUGAAUUACAAAUGGAGAGAAUCUUUGAAGACCAUGAAAACUUGGUUGAAAAUCUUCUUAAUUGGACAAGAGAUAGCCAAAACAAGCUUGUGUUUAUGGAACGUAUAGAAAAAUAUGCACUUUUCAAAAACCCACAGAAUUAUCUUCUGGGGAAAAAGGAAAGUGCUGAGAUGGCAGAUAGAAAUAAAGAAGUGCUGUUGGAGGAAUGUUUUUGUGGAAGUUCUGUAACUGUACCAGAAAUUGAAGGAGUCCUGUGGCUGAAAGAUGAUGGCAAAAAGUCCUGGAAAAAGCGUUAUUUUCUCUUGCGAGCAUCUGGUAUCUACUAUGUCCCUAAAGGAAAAGCAAAGGUCUCUCGGGAACUGGUGUGCUUUCUCCAACUGGAUCAUGUCAAUGUUUAUUAUGGACAGGACUAUCGGAACAAAUACAAAGCACCCACAGAUUAUUGUCUGGUGCUAAAGCACCCACAGAUCCAGAAGAAAUCUCAGUAUAUCAAGUACCUUUGUUGUGAUGAUGUGAGAACCCUGCAUCAGUGGGUUAAUGGUAUUCGCAUUGCAAAGUAUGGGAAACAGCUCUACAUGAACUAUCAAGAAGCCUUGAAGAGAACAGAGUCGGCCUACGAUUGGACUUCCUUAUCCAGCUCCAGCAUUAAGUCCGGAUCCAGUUCCUCAAGCAUCCCAGAGUCGCAGUCCAACCAUUCGAACCAGUCUGACAGUGGAGUGUCUGACACUCAGCCGGCAGGACACGUCCGCUCCCAGAGCAUUGUGAGCUCCAUCUUCUCUGAAGCCUGGAAACGGGGCACUCAGCUAGAAGAGUCCAGCAAGCCUCAGGUGCCAAAUGAGAAGGCCAGCACAGCUAAGGUCUGCGCCCCUGCAGCAGCCAAGACAGGCCUGCCCAGCCAGUCUGCUCCUUCUGCCGGCUCAGCAGCCACGAUGUUCGUGAAGUACAGCACAAUAACCAGGCUGCAGAAUGCCUCUCAGCACUCAGGAGCCCUAUUCAAGCCUCCACCACCCUCAGUGAUACAGCCUCUGGCCUCCACCCCGCAGUCAGGAAAGCCUCAGAUCCUGGUGCCCCCCAAUGGAGUCGUUCCCCCGCCCCCUCCUCCGCCCCCACCUCCCACCCCGGGCUCUGCUAUGGCCCAGCUAAAACCCGUGCCCUGCCCCCCAUCGCUCCCGCAGUUCAACCCUCCACCUCCUCCGCUGAAGAUUCACCAUGUACAGCAUGCCACUCAAAUGGCUCCUCCCACACCGCCACCACCCCCUCCUGCCCCCGCACCCCAUCCUCCCCAGGCACCCCCCAAACCCCUUGUGACCGUGCCCGCAUCAGCCAGCACCAAGACCGUGACACAAGCUGUGCCACCUACACCUACUCCUCCAGCUCCCCCAGCAAAAAAGCAGCCGGCUUUUCCCAUUCCCCACAUUCCACCUUCUCCCCCUGUUCCUCCUGGCCCCGUCCCGCCACCCACCUUACCCAAGCAGCAGAGCUUCUGUGUAAAGCCGCCUGCCUCCCCGCUGUCUCCGGUGCCCUCGGUAGUGAAGCAGAUAGCCAGCCAGUUCCCACCCCCCCCAACCCCUCCUCACGUGGAGUCACAGCCCUUAAAGCCCCCCGCGGCAAGCGUGGCCCCUCAGUCCCCUCCUGCUGUAAAAGCAAAACCCAAGUGGCAGCCCAGCUCCAUCCCUGUCCCUUCUCCGGAUUUCCCUCCUCCUCCGCCCGAGAGCAGCCUCGUGUUUCCUCCGCCCCCGCCUCCGCCUCCGCCUCCGCCGCCUCCACCGCCGCUGGCCUCCGCCCCGCCGCCACUGCCAGCCACACCCACGGCUUCUCCCGCCUCCGACAAAAGCGCAUCUCCGGGUAAAAAGACCAGUAAGACGUCCAGCCCCGGGGCAAAGAAGCCUCCCCCAACCCCACAGCGCAACUCCAGCAUUAAGUCCAGCAGUUGCGCAGAGCACCCUGAGCCCAAGAGACCCUCGGUAGACAGUCUAGUGAGCAAGUUUGCAUCGCCAGCAGAACCGUCGGGGUCUCCCAGCAAAGAGACCCCAACACCUCCUGCAGCGCCCCCCAAACCUGGGAAACUGAAUCUUUCUGGAGUUAACCUUCCCGGAGUUCUCCAACAAGGAAGUGUAUCAGCAAAAGCAUCUGUUCUGAGUGGGCGUGGAAAAGACUCUGUGGCAGAAUUUCCUUCUCCUCCAUCUGAUUCCGACUUUCCGCCGCCUCCACCUGAAAUAGAGCUUCCUCUGCCCCCCAUAGAGAUUCCAGCAGUAUUCUCGGGAAACACCUCUCCAAAAGUGGCAGUCGUCAAUCCUCAACCACAGCCAUGGUCCAAAACGUCCGUGAAGAAGGCCCCUCCACCCACACGACCCAAACGGAAUGACAGCACUCGCCUCACUCAAGCAGAGAUCUCUGAGCAGCCAGCAAUGGCCACAGUUGUGCCGCAAGUGCCCACCUCUCCCAAAUCCAGCCUUAGUGUCCAGCCUGGAUUCCUAGCUGACCUCAACAGGACACUGCAACGGAAGUCCAUCACUCGGCAUGGCUCGCUCUCCUCCUCCCGCGUGUCCAGAGCAGAACCCACGGCCACCAUGGAUGAUAUGGCAUUGCCCCCGCCCCCCCCUGAACUGCUUUCUGAUCAACAGAAAGCUGGUUACGGAGGCAGUCAUAUAUCGGGCUAUGCAACGUUGCGGAGGGGACCCCCUCCCGCUCCCCCCAAAAGAGACCAGAAUACCAAGCUCUCAAGAGACUGGUAGUAGCUACCGUAGGACUUUAUUUUCAUGGUAUCUGUAAUCAGUUUUACAAUCAGCUCACCUGAUCACCUAUGAAUUCUGGUGUUCAGAGCCUCCUAAUAUGUUAUUGUUAUUCAGGUAGUAUCCAGCUAUAUGUGUGUGUACAUGUACAUGGACACACAUAGCUAUACACAUAUAAUGUGUGUAUGUAUAUAUAUGUAUA